AUGAUCAUCGGCUUUGCCACGGCCACUCCGAGCCCGCUCUUGUCGUCCCCCGCUUUUUUCUCUACCCCCUCACCCUCGCUCUCGGUGACCUCAGCCCAUAGUCUGCCUAAUGUUAUUCCCUUUCCUUCUGCGACCUCGGACAUCGUCCUUCCCUUGAUCUCAGCAUUUCACAGUAGUCGUCAGAUCAUUGAUUCUCCGCAGCCUUUCGCGUCGUCGUGUCCAACUCCCGCUCCGCCGCACUCUGCCGCUAUAGCUCUCGGCGGCUCCUCUACAAAACUUGAGGUAGCCAAGGCUUACUUGGUUGGCUCUGGUGCACUGCUGUCGUUCUUUGUCUGGAACACUUUCACCGCGAUCUCUUUCAUCCGGAGGAGCAGAGCCAAGAACAACAUACUGUUCUAUUUGCUCCUGGGCAGUCAGCUUCCUGGAGUAGUGGGGGUCACGGCUGCGAUCAUCGCUGAAUUUGUCCAGACGGUGGACUGUACUCUUAUUGGUAUCCUGACGGCUAUAUGCAUACAGGUAGCUCACGCUCUCAUGUUCACAGGCAUCAUGGGGAUUAAAGCAUACCGUUGCCUCGGCAAUUCUCCUCUUGUUGUCGUGGUCUUGGUCUGCAUUCGUGGCGCGAUGCUUGUGCUUCUUGGCAUCGAAAUCCCACAUAUUCACAGUUCUCGAUCUGACGCAUUAGGAACUUGCGCUGGGGGGUGGUUCGACUCGUCACUAUUACGAUACAUAAUGCUCCUCCAAUUUGCCGAGGCACUGUUCCUUUGUGGGUGUUUCCUCUUUGCCGUCUGGAAGUCCACCCGAACAACAGUUGAUCAGCGGUUGUCAAUCCGAAUUUCUGCGGAUGCUACAGAGGAUCUAGGACGAGAUGCACAUCAUACCAAUAGGUCCACCAACUCGGCUCGAGGCUGGUGGGACUACGUUCCCGAUGCGCAGCUCGGAUUAUCUCCAGCAGAAGCCGAACAAACUCGGUCAAUAUGGAAAACUCUUGUCCGUGGUGUUUCGGCCGUCUCGCGUCGAUUGUUUCAUCGCCACGAAAUUCCGCCGCCAAGCGCCUUCCAUCGAAAGUCAUCUCUCCCUGGUGAAUAUCCGAUCCCUCAGCCUCGCCGUUGCCAGAACGCGGGUCCCAACGCUAUGUCGGCGCGGCCGAGGAGGGACGACCUGCGUCGCCCCGAGCAGUCGCAUCCCGCUCAAGCUCGACCAACCCUGGCUGCCAUUGACCGUUUCCUCAAGAAUCUUCCUCGUGGAGAGCUCCUUUUGCAGAUGCUGAGAAACGAGCUCCUCUACACGACGUUACUCGCCGCAGCAUUCCUUGGUAUUGCUAUUAUGCUGACAGUUGGAGUGACUGCAGAUGCGGUGGCAGGUGUGGAUGUAUGGAUAACAGUGGAUUGGGUCCUCAUUUCCGCCCUCACAAUGCACAGCUUCUCACGAGUCAUUCGCCGACACGAGUACGACGCCGCAAUACAGCACCCCUCCGCAUGGACCUCCCCUUAUCUCGAAGCUUCAUCUGCAUCACGCAGGAAUCAUGCGCGUUCCCCUGUUGGUGUUACCCAGUUCCGACCGCGCCGGAGAGAUGUGCUCUCGGUAUCUACUCCGGCGAGCAUCCGUACCAGCUUCGACAGAUCAUCGGAAACGUUUGACCUGCCGACAUUCGUUGACCCUCUACGUCUGGAUCCGUUGUUCGGGACACAGUCGUCCCAUGACCUGUCAAUAUCACCAUCGACACUCUGCGGGCUGUCGCCUUCAGAUAUCGACAAGUCGUACGUUUGGAGUUCUCCACCGACCAUGCCGGUUUCUUCUGACCUGGGAGAUCGUCCUUCUCCUAGAGACGGGCCAUUCAGGAUAAGUUCACCCUUCCUUGAACCACGAACGGUUGUUUUGCAGCCGGAGUUUACGGACACCGACGACUCGAGGCCGGCGCCGCGAGAGCCUGGUAGUGAUUCGAAACUGCCAGACUAUAAUUGCUAA